AUGGGGCAGCGCCUGAGCGGCGGCCGGUCCUGCCUCGAUGUCCCCGGCAGGCUCCUGCCGCAGCCGCCGCCGCCGCCACCGCCGGUGAGGAGGAAGCUCGCGCUGCUCUUCGCCAUGCUCUGCGUCUGGCUCUACAUGUUCCUGUACUCCUGCGCCGGCUCGUGCGCCGCCGCUCCGGGGCUGCUGCUGCUCGGCUCGGGGUCCCGUGCCGCCCACGCCCCGCCGGCCCUUACCGCGGCUCCUGACCCGACGCCCCCCAGGCUGUCGUUCAGGGCGCCGCCUGCCACCCCGCUGGGUGUGGGCAAGGAGGCGGCCGAGGACGCCGCGAGCCUAGAGGAGCAGAGUCCCGAGACGUCAGACUCCCCCAGUCCCAUCUCCAGCUUUUUCAGCGGGUCCGGGAGCAAGCAGCUGCCGCAGGCCAUCAUCAUCGGCGUGAAGAAGGGCGGCACGCGGGCGCUGCUGGAGUUCCUGCGCGUGCACCCCGACGUGCGCGCCGUGGGCGCCGAGCCCCACUUCUUCGACCGCAGCUACGACAAGGGCCUCGCCUGGUACCGGGACCUGAUGCCGAGAACCCUGGAGGGGCAGAUCACCAUGGAGAAGACGCCCAGUUACUUUGUCACGCGGGAGGCACCGGCACGCAUCUCGGCCAUGUCCAAGGACACCAAGCUGAUCGUGGUGGUGCGCGACCCCGUGACCAGAGCCAUCUCGGACUACACGCAGACGCUCUCCAAGCGGCCCGACAUCCCCACCUUCGAGGACCUGACGUUCCGAAACCGCACGACGGGCCUCAUCGACACGUCGUGGAGCGCCAUCCAGAUCGGCCUGUACGCCAAGCACCUGGAGCACUGGCUGCUGCACUUCCCGCUGCGCCAGAUGCUCUUCGUGAGCGGGGAGCGGCUGAUCCGAGACCCGGCCGGCGAGCUGGGGCGCGUGCAGGACUUCCUGGGCCUCAAGAGGAUCAUCACCGACAAGCACUUCUACUUCAACAAGACCAAGGGCUUCCCCUGCCUCAAGAAGGCCGAGGGCAGCAGCAAGCCCCACUGCCUGGGCAAGACCAAGGGCAGGACCCACCCCGAGAUAGCCCCGGAGGUGGUGCGGAGGCUGCGGGACUUCUACCGGCCCUUCAACCUCAAGUUCUACCAGAUGACUGGGCAUGACUUCGGCUGGAACUGAACAGAUGCAGGCUGUGUAACUUACCAUGUGGCUUAUAUAUGGAGAGGAAUUAUAUGUAUGUAAAAUGUACAGAAAUCUAUUUUAUAAUAAUUUAUUUUUAGUUCAUAAGCAAUUAAUUCACUAAGCUGCCUAGCCACACUCUUUAGAGAGUUAGCUCCAUAAUGUUAACAUUCCAAAGUGUUUAACCCUGCUAUUUUGUUGUUCUUGGCCUCAAGAUUGAUGGUGCUUCCAUUUUCUCCUACUCAUUCUAUUUAAAACGAAGAAAAGCACAACUUGGAGAUUUUUGUUGUUACGGGUAUUCAGCCUUCAGUCAGUGUCUGGAUUCUUCACUUCCUUGUGUCUUGGAUCUCAGAUUCUAGCUUCCAUUUCUCCUCCUGCCUGCGUACCUCAGAGCGGCGCUGCCUCCACGUGGCUCUGCUCUGCAGGUUGUACCUCACGGAGCAGCUUCCUUGUCCAUGUGGUACCUCAUUCCCAAGGAGGUAGGUGCCAGACCACAGAGCUAGGCUGGUUUCCAAGUUCACUCAGCACAUGGGGGAAUCGCUGACUUUGCAGGGACACACCUACCCUUUUGCCAUCUGACUGCCAAUGCCUAUUUACUUUAGCUUUUGAAGGAUGACCCCGCAUCUUCUUCUGUGUAUUCCUGGUUCAUUUUCCAGCUCGAAGUGUAUCCAAGUGUGAGCUCCCUCUUUUCCAGAUCACGGGUGUGAAAUGCUUGGCUGCUGUUUUAGAAAUAAAGAUGAUCUCCUCUGGUUUGUCUGUGAGCCCACCACGCUCUGGUCCCUGGGAAGACAGUUCUACUUUGACACACCAAAGAAUCCUACCAGCUAGCAGAGCCUCUGGCACAAAGCGAGGGUGCUGGGGAUCAAGCUCCAGAGGGGUCAGGUGCAUCCCACACCAUCAGCAUCUGCCAAGACACUGCUGGGUGCAGAGUCAGCCUGCAGUGGGCACAUCUCACUAGGGUGACAGCCUCAAUGGGGAGAAAAGACAAAGGCCCCCAAAUGGCAGGUGGCCUGGCAGAAGAGGAGAUCACUGGAACCCCUUCUAGAUGUCUGAAACUUCUCCCCUGGGAAUCCUAGCUUCUCUCAGAAUGACAACAUGGUCUGUAGCCAAAAGCCAACAGCAAGAACCAGGAGUGGCCCUUGUAAAGGCAGGUUGGGAAAGCUGGCACCAUAUUGUGUGUAAGCCCUUGAACCUGACAUGUGUAGCUGCCCCUUGCUCUAGCCAGGUCUUGGCAGAGGGGUUGCCAGCAUUGUUACAGCUGGUACAGAAUGUUCUCCCAGGCCUGUCUGUUGACAGACCAGCUCGGGAUCAUUGAUAAUGACUAGCUAGUGGCAGUUGGUAAUGAUAUAGCAAUAUCACCCAAUAUCCUACUCAGUCUAUUCUAAACCAGAAUGCCUCAACCAUAAAAUAACUGUUCCAUCGAGAAAUAUGUGGGACGAUAUACAUAAUGUCAGAAUGGUUGGGUUGUUACAUUUAUAAAGGAAGUUUUGUAGGUUGUACACAUUAACUUGCCUGAUAGUGUAAGAAAAAAGAUGAAAAAAGAAAAAGUAACUCAUUUUAAGAAGCCAGUCGGAGAUGUCACUGGUCUUUACAGGAUAUCUUGUUGACAGUCUGGUUUGCAUUGGCCCACAAGUUUUAGUCUAGAUCCAGCUAGCUUCUGCUUAGCAGCAAAGCUGUUGUUGUGUGGGUUCUGCGUGGGAGGAUGGUCAUCGGGGGCUCCACGCCUUCCCCGGGUGUAAAGCUCAUGUGACUCUGCAGAGUAGUGCCGAGCCUGCAGCUUUGGAAAAGCACAGUCAUAGCAUGGUUCUCCCUCUUGCGGCUUGGAUAUCAAAGUACGAGGGUGCUAAUUGGACAUGUUUUUUUUUCCUGUCGGCAGGCUUAUUGGAAAUAAAGCUGAGAACAGCUCUUCUCAGUUACAGCAUAAAAUUCCUUAACAUAAAAAUCAACAUCCAAAUCCUCAACCUAGUCUUGCCAUGUCCACCUUCCAGCCACUCACACGACCUGCAGAACUGCAGAAAAUUGAAGAGAAGGUCAUGCAACCAGGCGGUAGGAAAGAUGUGCAAGAGGCUUUCCUUCCCCUUCAGGUCCCUGCCCUCCUCCCGGUCUGAACAAUUUUUGGUGAAGUUGUCUAUUCCUUGACUUAAAACUGAAACAGGAAAUGUUCAUAUGGAAGGAUCAUUUAGUUAUGAACACUGAACUGGGUCAAAAUUCUUUUCUGGGUCAAAUCCUUGAAUCCAAACGGAUGUCAAUAAUUAGCACUGAUGGACUAAAACAAAUUUUCUAUGUAAUACAAAUAAAUCAAGUAUCAUGUGGGUCUUUUCAUAAGGGCCUGCUAGCUUAUGUUUCUAACUGGUCCUGACAUAGCAUCUGCCCCCUGGUUACACCCCGUCAUGUGAUAGUUAUUACAGGGCCUGAGUCCUCGUGUCUUUUUCCUGGAGAAGUUAUGCAACAAGUAAAAUUGAGCCUUGGGUUUCUUCCUGUCCUUGCAAUCUGCAAGGCUGCCAGACUUCACUUUUUAGCUGCUAGACGACAAACACCAUUUUAUGUUUUGGCAAAUUUUCCUAGCACAUGUUAUGGGUUUCUCCCAGUUUACAGGAAAACUUCUCAUACUCGUGGUAAUAUUUUAUUCCUACCAGUUUUGUUUCUUUCCUCAUUAAAAACAAAUGAAAAAGUAAACAAAAAAAUUGGAGGUUGUUAUUGUUCCUAUCUAUCACGAGCUUUCUUUGAGCUUGUUUGUGUGGUAGUAUGUUAACUUGGUAGGUGGCACCUAAAAACGUAUUUUAGGUAUAGUGACUACGUAAUAAAUACUUAUUUUGAUGAUGGAGGAAGAGGAAUUGUCUUCUUUGUAGGAUUAUCUUGGGGAGUCCUUUUUAGUGACAUGUGCGUUUUAGACCUUAUGGAGAAACACGCUUCAGAUCCUGCCAGGAUAUUUUUGUAAGAAAGGGAAAUGGAAGGUUCCAAUAAGCUAGAAACACUUGGUAUGUUCUAAAAUGCUGACACAGAAGUCAAUGUCAUUUUUUAGUUUAUCAAGAAGGAUGAUCCAUAAAAAGUAAAGGUGUGGUUAGAUUUUUUUUUUCACUUUCGUAACAUUAAUUUAUGAAUGAGUUUCAUUCAGCCCAGUAAUAUGAAAUACUGUGCAAAUUCUAGCAGUGUGUCUUUCUAUAACCUGGAUGUUAGAAUAGCCAAUAUGUACAAAAAAAAUUAUAUCAAGUAUUUUGUCCUAUGUAUAACACAAAUUAAUUUUACACAGAGAAAGAUGUUUCUAGGAAAAUGAAAUUCUGGUAAUUCACACUAUUUCUUUGUAUGAACAAAUAAAAUAUAUUUUACCAACUUGUAGGCACUGUUCAUUGAGGUAUUGCAGGUGGGCAGGGUAGCACUAUUUUAUUCAAUAGCUGAGUGUGUGCGUGUGCACAUUGGCUUAAGUCUUUCAGAUUUAAAAGGAUCCAAUCCAGAAAUGACUAUAUUAUCAACUAGUCCUUAAGAAUUGGGGAUAGACUUUGCUUGUUUCUGCAAGUGGCCAUGUGGUCACAGAGGGUAUUUGGAACAAUCUUCUUCCACCACCCAUUCUGUAUUCCCUUUACCCUCAGCAAGCCCCUCAGGUGUUCGUGAUUCUUUGCCUGCUGGAGUGUGACCCAAACCUUCAUUCCUGAAGGGUCUUGGCCAUUAGUAGUCAUGUUGGGAUUGGGUUGUCGUAGUUUUCCAUUGACUUUAAUCACAAGGCAUGGUGGCACUAAGAGACACCCUAAGAGAUCUCCUGCUUUCCAGACAUACUUUUCUUUACCUCCAUUGUGUAAUAUCAAUCUGAUUUCCUCUUGGUAAUCAGGAUCAAUCACACCAGUCCAUAUGAUAACUCCCUUCUUUGCCUGUUGAUCCAGAGGCAUAAGGAGCUCGUAGUGGCCAGGUAGCAUUCUUAGCUUCCAGUUCAAUGGAAUCAGUAAUGUGUCUCCAUAUGGGAGCAUUCUUCUCUUUGGAACUAAGACUUCUACACCUGUAGAGCAUAGCGUCAUGGGGACAGGAGGCAAACAUUUUGCGAGUGGGUCACUAAAAUAGGGUUGCCACUUCCAUUUCCACCCCUUGAUCCCUGAACCCAUGAAUCCUAGCUAUGGGAGAAACAAUACCAUAUCUUUGAUGCUGGUUUAGAGCAUAUACAAUCUCCUGGAGAACAUUGCCCCCACUCUGCAAGGUAUUGCCACCUAGCUGGUGCUGUAGUAUGUCUUUAGAAAGCCAUCCCAUCAUUCUAUCAAGCCAGCUGCAUCAGGAUGAUGGGAAACAUGGUAAGACCAGUGAAUUCCAUGAUCCAUUACUGCACUUCACUUGCUGUGAAGUGAGUCCCUUGAUCCAAGACGAUGCUGUGCGGGAUACCAUGAUGAUAGAUAAGGCAUCUGUAAGUCCACAGAUGGUAGUUUUGGCAGAAGCAUUGAGUGCAGGUGUCUUAGGCUAGGUUCUCUAGAGAUGCAAAACCAGUAAAGCGUAUAAAUAUAUAUAGAGAGAGAUUUAUAUCAAAGAAAUGGCUCGUGUGAUUGUAGAGGCUGGAACGUCCCAAGUAUGUGGUUUAGGAUAGAAGCUUCUGAUUCAUGUAGCCACAGUUGCUGGUGAACCCAAGAUUGGCAAGUUGGAAAGCAGGGCUCUUGCUCACAGGCUGUGAAUAUCAACAAAUCCCAAGGUUGACAGGCAAGACCUCAAGGCUUCUGAUUCAUGUAGCUGCAGGGGCUGGUGAGGCCAAGAUUGGCAGGUAAGCUGAUAGCUCAAGUCCCAAGAACCAGAGGUCAGACAAACAGGAGUCAGCUGCAGGACCCAGAGGAAGCAAAAAGCCAGAACGUCUGCUUAUAUUCAGAUGCAGGCCACACCUCCAAGGAAAAUCCCUUUAAACCAAUUGGCUGCACACAGUAGAUUCAAACGUGGGAGUGAUCACAUAUAAACACUGAGUAUCGUGGCCCAGCCAAGUUGACACACAAUCUUAACCAUCACAGCAGGGAAGGCAAAUUUAUAUCCAGAGGAAGUGUCUAUUCCAGUAAGAACAAAUCGCUGCCCUUUCCAUGAUGGAAGUGGUCCAAUGUAAUCAACUUGCCACCAGGUUGCCGGCUGAUCACCUCAAGGGAUGGUGCCAUAUUGGGGACUCAGUGUUGGUCUCUACUGCCGGGAGAUUGGACACUCAGCAGUAGCUGUAACCAAGACAGCUGUGGUGAGUGGAAGUCCAUGUUGCUAAGCCCAUGUAUAAACUCCGUCCAUGCCACCAUGGCCACUUUGUUCAUGAGCCCAUUGAGCAAUGACAGGAGUGCCUGGGGAAAGAGGAUGAGUGGUUUUUCACAGAACACAUCAUCCUAUCCACCUGAUUGUUAACAUAAUCCUCUGCUGAGUUCACCCUUUGGUGAGCAUUCACACGAGACCCAAAUAUCUUCAUUUCAUGGGCCCAUUCAGAGAGGUCUAGCCGCAUAGCUCUUUCCCCAUACCUCCUUGUCUGCAAUUUCCCAGUCACGUUCCUUACAAUUCCCUGGCCAUCCAGGCAAACCAUUGGCCACAGCCCAUGAAUCAGUAUACAAUCACACACCUGGCCAUUCCUCCUUCCAAGAAAAGUGAGCACCCAGGUGCAAUGCUGGGAAUUCUGCCCAUUGGGAGGAUUUCCCUUCACCACUGUCCUUCAGGGAGGUCCCAGAGAGGA